CGGACACACGCAUGGUUGGUGAUCGUUAUCAUUGAGGUUAUAUACGUCAUUUAUAAAACAAACUUUUUUAUAAAGAUGCAAUGCGUGAAAGUUAUAUACUUGAGUAUUAAAUAAUGUUUACUGAUAAAAAUAUUACUGAUAAGAUAUGCUUCUCAUAUUUCUAAUAAGCAAAAAACCGUUUUCCCUUUCUCUGUCUCUCUCUCUCUCUGUUUUGAAGUUUAAUUGCAGUAACUGAUCAAAAAUGAUGCUAGUUUACUGCAAAUCUUCUAUAUUAAACGAUGUUUUAAUUUAAUAACUAGUAAUAUAAUACAUAGAUAUAUGAUUUAUUUUUUUCUAACCGGGACAACAAUUUUUAAUUCAUAAGACAAUUGAUUUGUUAAACGCAUAAAAACAUGUUUCGUUAUUUCGCUCAAAGGAGUACAAUAAUAAAUGUUUUUGAUAAUCAACGAGUGAGACAAUUAUUAAUACGAUCUUAUUCGAAAAAGAAUAAUAAUAAUCAGGAUGACACAUAUACACAAUUACCAUUGGAAAUGCAAAGAUCACCAGGCGAUCGAAAAAUAAUAGUUAAAUCAUGGAAUGAUGAUAAAGGAGUUAAAAAUUUGCUUAAAGAGUGCCUUAUAACUGUACCACAAAGAAGCGAUAUAAUGAUAAUUGGUGGAGGAAUAAUGGGAAGUUCUAUAGCUUAUUGGUUGAAAAAAAAUUUUUGUAAAGAUUUUCAUGUUGUUGUAAUUGAGCAAGAUCCUACGUAUUGCCAUGCAUCAACAACUUUAUCAGUAGGUGGCUUACGUCAACAGUUUUCUAUUGAAGAAAAUAUUGAAAUGUCUCUUUUUGGAGCAGAGUUUAUACGAAAUAUUAAUAAUUAUUUAGGCAUUGAAGGAGAGCCCCCUGUUGACAUCCAGUUUCAUCCUUACGGCUAUUUAAUGUUAGCUAGUGAAUCGGGUGCAGAAACAUUAAUAGAAAAUUCAAAAGUACAAAAUGCUCUUGGUGCAAACAACAUAAUUCUUCCUUCAAAAAAAUUAAAAGAAAGGUUCCCUUGGUUAAAUACAGAUGAUAUUUCAGUUGGUUGUUUAGGACUGGAAAAAGAAGGAUGGUUUGAUCCUUGGUUAUUUUUGUGUGCUUUCAAAAAAAAAGCAAUAUCUUUAGGUGUAGAGUAUAUUACUGCAAAAGCUGUAGGUUUUGAAUUAGAAGAAAUAUCACUUAUUACUGAUGACGAUUUCAAAUUACGUAAAAAUUUAAAAAAAGUGAUUGUUCAAAUGCCAAAUGGUAAUAUUGAAACUAUCAGAUUUGCAGCUGCUGUGAUUGCAGCUGGUGCAUCUAGUCAAGAAAUUGCAGAAAAAGCAGAAAUUGGACUUGGCAAAGGAGUUUUAAGUGUUUCCUUACCUGUAGAACGAAGGAAAAGAUAUGUUUACUGUUUCCAUUGUCCAGAUGGACCUGGUUUAAAUACUCCACUUACAAUAGAUCCCACUCAAACUUAUUUUAGGAGAGACGGAUUAGCCAAUUCUUAUAUUUGUGGUCAACCACCAUUAGAAGAUAAGGAACCUAAAACAUGUAAUUUAGAUGUAGAUCACGAUUUUUUUGAAACAAAUAUUUGGCCUGUUCUGGCUCAAAGAGUAAAAUCUUUUGAAAACCUGAAGGUGAAAUCUUCUUGGGCUGGAUAUUACGAAUAUAAUACUUUUGAUCAGAAUGGCAUAAUUGGCCGUCAUCCUUACUAUCCAAAUUUGUUUAUAGCUACAGGUUUCAGUGGUCAUGGAAUACAGCAAGCACCUGCAGUAGGACGAGCAAUAUCAGAACUUAUUUUAGAAUCUCGAUUUUGCACAUUAGACUUAUCAAAAUUAGGAUUUGAAAGAUUUGUAACAUUAGAACCUAUGAAAGAAAAAAAUAUUAUAUGAUUUUUCUUGAAAAUAUUAUCUAAAUAUAAUGAAAUAUCUUAUCUAAAGAACAUUGUUGUUGCAAGAAAAAGAUUAUUUGUACAAAUGUAUAUUAUGUAUUAUUAUAUAAUUAUUAAAUAAUAAAAUAUUAAUAUAAUAUAUAAAAUAUAA